AUGUCAAGGGAGAGGAGUUCAAAACGGUUUUAUAGAGUAGAUUCCUCUGGUUACCUGUCCGGUUACCUGGACAGGGGGUUUUCAGCUCAGGAAGAGAACAGAUGGAAUUUCGAAAUUGCUUGGGAGGCAGCUAACAAAGUGGGUGGAAUAUAUACUGUAAUUAGAUCAAAGGCAUAUGUGACAACCGAAGAGAUGGGUGAUCAGUUUUGUCUAAUCGGACCGUACAAAGAACACCAUGCAAGAACUGAAGUGGAGGAUGGACCUUUAGGAUGUGAUGUCUUAAAUCAAGCUGUGCAAAAACUGAAAGAUAAAGGAUUUAAAAUGCAUACUGGAAGAUGGUUGGUGGAUGGUAAUCCUCAGAUAAUAUUAAUGGACAUAGGAUCAGCUGCAUGGAAACUGGAUGAGUACAAAAGUGAAUUAUGGAGUAAAAGUAACAUUGGCAUUCCACACUUGGACAUUGAAACCAAUGAUGCUUUAAUUCUGGGGUGUAUGGUUACAGACUUUCUAGCAGAAUUUAGAACUGCUGCUGAAGAGUUUGGGGAUGGGAUUCCUCCAAGAAUUGUGGCUCAUUUUCAUGAAUGGCAGGCAGGUCUAGGUCUCAUUAUGACCAGAAUGAGACACAUAAAUGUAGCUACCCUUUUCACAACCCAUGCUACUUUAUUGGGGAGAUAUUUGUGUGCAGGGAAUAUUGACUUUUACAACUCUCUAGAUAAGUUUAAUGUGGAUGAAGAGGCUGGUAGAAGACAGAUUUAUCAUCGAUAUUGUAUAGAAAGAGCAGCUACUCAUUUGGCACAUGUUUUUACCACUGUUUCUGAUAUAACAGGAUUUGAGGCUGAACAUUUGUUAAAGAGAAAACCUGAUGUUAUCACGCCUAAUGGUUUGAACGUUAAAAAGUUUUCGGCACUUCACGAGUUUCAAAAUUUACACGCCCUCUCGAAGGAAAAAAUCAACGAAUUUGUCAGAGGACAUUUUUAUGGGCAUUACGACUUCGACUUAGAUAAAACGCUUUACUUCUUUAUUGCUGGUCGUUACGAAUUCGGAAAUAAAGGGGCAGAUAUUUUUAUAGAAGCUUUGGCCCGUUUAAACCACUAUUUGAAGAGUUCAAAACCUGACGUAACAGUUGUGGCCUUUCUAAUUUUUCCUACGAAAACGAACAAUUUCAACGUAGAAUCUCUUAGGGGUCACGCUGUCACCAAGUCACUGAGGGACACCAUUCACGACAUCCAACAGAACAUUGGCAAGCGAAUGUACGAAAUAUGCCUCUCAUGUCGUCUUCCUGAUCCUGAGGAGUUAGUUAAAAAAGAGGAAAUGAUUCGUUUAAAACGUUGUAUUUUUUCGAUGCAAAGAGACGGUUUACCCCCUGUUACCACCCACAACGUUGUAGACGACUGGAAUGAUCCAGUUUUAAAUGGUGUAAGGAGGUGUAAUUUAUUCAACACUAAAAAUGAUAGGGUGAAGAUUGUUUUUCAUCCUGAAUUUUUGAGUUCUACAAACCCUUUGUUUGCUCUGGACUAUGAAGAAUUUGUAAGGGGUUGUCAUUUAGGUGUAUUUCCGAGUUAUUACGAACCCUGGGGUUACACUCCUGCAGAAUGUACAGUCAUGGGGAUUCCGAGUAUUACCACAAAUCUAUCCGGUUUUGGCUGUUUUAUGGAAGAACACAUAGCUGAUCCCCAAUCUUACGGUAUUUAUAUAGUGGAUAGGAGACACAUAGGUCUCGAGGACAGUGUAAGACAGUUAGCUCAUUACAUGUACGACUUUUGUCGUUUAAAUAGAAGGCAACGAAUCAUUCAACGUAAUCGAACUGAAAGACUUAGCGAUAUGUUGGAUUGGAGAAAUUUGGGAGUGUACUACAGACAAGCUCGACAGAAAGCUUUGCAUACAGUUUUCCCGGAUUAUAAAGAAGAAAUGGAGAAUGAUAUUGGUAAAUUUAAAUAUCCUAGGCCCUUGUCUGAACCUCCUAGCCCUACUUCAAGCAGGGCCACUACCCCUGCAGCUUCAGUCCAUGGCAGUGACGAUGAAUCGGAUAGCGUUGAUGAAGAAAAAGAGCUUGAAGAACUGCGAGCAAAUCAUAAUUGAGGGUUUUUAAUUUAGUAAUUUUCCCAUAAUGCAAAAUAAUGAUACAGGUAGAUAAAGUUGUUAUUUUGUUGUAAUUUUAUUAACGCUCAAAUGGAGUCGUUAUGUAUUUUUUUAUGUAAAAGGGAAAUUUUUAUAAAUGUGUAAUAUCCAGUUAGACGCUUAAACUUUUCUAUUGCCUUUUCUAUAAGACUCUAAAUUAUGUUAUAAAUAGUUAUUUUAAGUGCCAAAUAAUUAUAAGCCAUUCAUUAAUGAAUGUUAAGUCUUUUACAGUUAAAAAAGUGUUCCUUCAGUCCAUGAAAUAUAUAUUUUAUGUAUUAAAAUAUAUUUUUCUAGUUAUAUUAAGUUUGUGGUAAUUAUAUGGAAUGAAAUUUUAGAAAAAAUUAUAUACGUUAGUGCAAUAAAAAAAUGUUUCCAUAGGUAUAUGGGGACUGAACUUGCCUGCCAUGAAAUAAUAAAUAAGUAAAAAAUA